GAGUAGCAAAUAGCACGAAGAAGAAGAGCAAAAGCGAAAAUCAUUCUCAACUUGCUGCCGAGUUUGCUGUGUUUUUGUUUCAAAAUAACUAAAUAUUGUGCAUAAAAGAUGGCUACAGUGGAAACACUCUACAAGGAGCUUACUGCCGAGUGGACAAAGCGUCCACCCAACACGCCCAAAUGCGGUCAACUGCUGGAACAACUGAAAGUGGCGCUCGUCAAGUUGUCUUUUCUGCCCACUGACGGCACCGAUGCCCAGAACUCCAAGAAGCAAUUGUUGCUGGCGCGUUCCGUCCUGGAAAUUGCCGUGGAGCACAGUGUGAUCAGUAAAGAUCUGCUGGCCUUUGAACGCUACAUGUCACAGCUGAAGUGCUACUACUAUGAUUAUGCUAAAAUCAUUGGUGAAUCGGACAACAAAUACAAAUUGCUGGGACUCAAUUUAUUGUAUCUUCUUUCUGGCAAUCGUGUCUCGGAUUUCCACACUGAAUUGGAACUGCUGUCUGUGGACAUAAUUCAGCACAAUCAAUACAUUAAACCCAUUCUGGCGCUGGAACAAUACAUCAUGGAGGGACGCUACAAUAAAAUCUUCCAAGCGAAAUCUUCGAUGCCCGCCGAAGUUUACAACUAUUUCAUGGAUCUGCUGGUGGAAACAGUGCGUGAUGAAAUUGGUGCCUGCAUUGAAAUGUCCUACGAAAAGAUCUCCGCCAAAGAAGCGGCCAAACGUCUCAAUUUGCGAGUACCCGACGAGAUUAAAGCAUUCGGCGAGAAGCGACAAUGGAAACUCGAGGGCAAUGGCAACUACAGCUUUACGGACCGCAGCAUAAAGCCGAAGGAACUACUGCCUUCAGAGGAGCUGGCCGAGCAGGUGCUCAGCUAUGCGCGCGAUCUAGAAAUGAUAGUUUAGGUGUGCACAUUGUAAUUAAUAUGUAAUUAAUCAAAUAAAAUCAACAAAUUUCGAUAA